AUGGAACGUCGACCGCGUUCCGCACAGAAGCGCCGGCAGCACGCUGCUCCGAGUGAUGAUGACAAAGCCAGCGACGUCAAAUGGACACUAGAUUCCGGGGACUCAUGCGUACGAUCGUCGGAAUCAUCCAGCCAGUUCGAGACACAGAGCGCUCAAGGCGAGGAGGCUCCGCCACAGAGGCCUUGGCUCCCCCAGGGCACACUAAGCUAG